AUGAUGUCAUGUGUGAUCCCAUCUGAUCUGAUAAGUGGGGGAAUGGGUCAGAGGAUCGAAUUUCCUCAGUGGCUUGGUAAAAAUUCCAAAUAUGGUAGACUUGACCGCAUUCUGCAAGAGCUUCAGAGUCACAUGAGAUUAAGCACAUCUUCAAGCAAGUUGUCUAUGAAUUUGGAUUACAUUCCUCAUCUCAGGAAAGUUCUCACUAGACCCCUUAUGACUCAGGAAUCAGACGAAAUCAGUUCUGGGGUGUCCAGGGUUAUGAAAGUGAUGGAGGAGUAUGACUUGACAAAAGAGGACUGGGAUUCUAUCAUAGAGGUUGGCCAGUUUGAAGGACAGAGAGAUCCAGUCGCUUCUAUUCCAUCAAAGGUUUGUACAUGCAGUUCCUCGAUUCUCGUUUGGGAAAGUCUAUUGAUGGAAAAUUUGAGCUCUUGGAAAGACAGCUGUGGGCUAGUUUAAUGCUCAGCCUGUUGAACUCUGGGUCAACAGUCCAGGUUAAGGCUUUAGUCAGGAUCAUUGUGUUGUGUUCUUGAACAAGACACCUGUUCUGACAGUUCCAGUCUUCACCCAGGAGUACAAAUGAGUACCUGACAAAUUUCC